UUCAAGUUAAGUGCGUUAUGUUCUGAGCUGUUAGCAAUCCCACAGCCGAGUUUCACACGAAACGUUUGUUUUUCUCACGCCCCUUCUCCGUCCUUUUGGUGUUGCAAGUAAAAUAUGGUGUUUAAGGAUCGCGGAGCUGCCUUUCGACUUUAGACUCAUUCGAACUUUGCUUUGGAACAAUAGAGAACUGCAAUGGUGUAGCACCCAGCCAUGCCUCACAAAUUAGACUUCAAUGUCGCCCAGGCUUCUAGCGAGGACGAAGGAGGCCGUGCGAAGGAACUUCUCCAACAGGGUCCUGGAGUGAAAGGAUGGGUGUCCUCGCGUUUCUGUAUCUACCCCCAGGAGCUCAUCUUCCAGUUAGCAGAAAGAUGCCACCUGACCAGAGUGCAAAUUCUCGCUCACGAGCACUUGAUACCCGAGAAAGUGGAGCUGUACAUAGGGGACGUGGCUCCCGGUCGGGAGGUGGCUCUGUACAACGUCAAAUUUGCUCAGCUGGGCUACAUCACCUUCUCGGAUAAUGAACACUCCCAGUUCAAAGCGAGAGAACUGAAAUCCGUUACCGUGGACUGCACUGGAACGUUCCUGAAACUCGUCCUCCACAAGAACCACAUCAACAGAAUCAAUCUCUACAAUCAGAUUGGCAUCGUGGGUAUCAGUAUCCUGGGCAACGAAGUCGAGGCCAACAACAACAGCGUGUCUCCUGACGGAGAAGGCGGCCAAGUGCCCAGUUCGCGAGAGCAGGAAGUGCCCCUGUACCAUGACCUGGCCUUCGCUAUGUACGUCGAUACCCAGGCUGCCUCCAUAAUCAAGAACUUGGAGGACAGACGGGCAGCCGCUCUCAGGGAGGAACGCUACGAGUAUGCCAAUAAACUGAAAGACGCAGUGACUCAGCUCCAGAAGGCAGGGGAACGACUCGGCAAGUACGAGAUCGAGAAGAGACACGCUAUCGAGAACGAGAACUUCGACAGGGCCAAACUCAAGAAGCAGCUUGCAGAGGAUUACCGAGAGCAGGUUUACAAGGCCUUACAGAUCGACGAUCUGCUCGAGAGGAAGGGGAAGCUGGACAGGAACGACGUCCCGGGACCGAAGGGGUUGCGGGAGUUACCUCCACCGCCAAAGACCAAACAGAACAAGCCCAACUCUCGUGACCCUUCGCCCACUCACGCCCACGGGAAGCCCAGUCAACUCCCACCCGCCCGCGCCAGCAACACGCCGCCCAAACCACCUCCCUCACCGCCCAAGUCUCCGUCGCCGCCGCCCCUGAAAGUCCCGUCAGCGCCGCUGCCGGACUUGCGGCACCAGCUCCAACCAAACAAAACGCCCUUACCACCGUCCUCGCCCCGACACGGGCAGUUACCUGCCGCCCCUCCAGCCCCCUCGCCAGCCCCAUACAACCCCCCUUCGUCAGCGUACGUUAACUACGACGAACAGACAUUGCCCGCCCUUAAACACCGAGACGUCCUAGAGAGAUCCCCCGAGGAGCAGAACUGCAGUGGGGGCCGUCGCCCCCAGGGACUCACUGAAGUCGACAGGAAGGACGCGGCGCUUCCCAUAGACGUCUUCGGUUGUGAGGUGGUCGAGAAAAUCUAUAGUAAGAACUAUGCAGAGAAGGAAAGUGGCCUUAAGUAUCUUCAGUCCGAGAUGACACGAUAUUCAGUCGAGAGUUCGGGGGGCGUCAGGCCUGACAAGUUCGUCAGAGCAUCGGGGAUCUUAAUAAGAAGAGCCUUGAAGGACAAGGUGUUCAGCGUGGCCCUCGUCGCCUCUCACACGCUCUCACAACUCCUCAAUGAAUUCUUCGGUAAACACAAAGUAAGUCGCAAGGAGAUCACAGCCACCUUCGAGAAAGUCCUUCCAGACCUAUUAGCCAAGACUUCAGACAACGCCUCCAGAACGCAAAACCUCGCUGUCAAAACCAUCCUCGAGAUGUUGUCGCUGUCACUCGAAAGGGGCAUAGGUGGUGUCGGUGUUGAAGUGACUCGACCUUUGACCAACACAGUUCAUCCUCGAGGGUCUCUUUGCCGUGCCAACAUCGUCGAGACACAGCUCACCACUUUGGGUGCCACGGCAUUGCCCAAAGAUAGGGACAGCGGCUUCACGCCCCGACACUUGGUAGAGUUCGGCCACUCGGCCUUCAAACAUCCGAACAACGAGGUGCGCAAGGUGGGUGAGAGGCUGCUGCUGACGCUCUACGCUCACUACCCGUCCACCGUCAGGAAAGCUCUGCCCCUCCACGAUGAGCUCGCUAGGAAGAAUGUCCUCUACAGGAAUCUCUUUGAGCAGUUAGAGGCGAUAGAUGAAAAGCGUGAGGCGGCGGCAGCAGCGACUCCUCGGACACCAAGGCCCUCCCCCUCCCAAACGAGCAGUGGGCCACAGUGCACCCCCAACCACGGGUCGAACAACACCACGCCAACGCACUCGAGGCGGCGCUGGCUGCGCUACACCCCCAGCAGUAGCAGCGGCGUCAGUAGCAGCAGCAGCGUGGGCAACGGCGGGACCUACCCUUUGGUCCCACAGAUCAGCAUCACGCCUGACGAGGCUGAGGUCAGGGGAAGGGCUCUCUCCAGACUGAAUGGUUCGAGGUCUGACUUGAAAUCCAUGGAUCUAGAACUUCAUUCCCCUGGAGAUCCUGAGGAAAAGACCUGCAUCUUUUGUGGAGCUUAUGAUUCUUCCUUCACCGAGUCCGGUCUGGACAUGCAUUACUGGAGAAAUUGUCCGUUGCUCACUAGAUGUCAGCACUGUCGACAAGUAGUAGAAGUGGCGUCUUUAACUCAACAUCUUUUAGGCGAAUGCGUGUCCUCAUCCCAAUACCGACGCUGCGAGAGAUGUUCGGAGGCGAUCACCAAGAACAAUUUCCACACGCAUGCUUUGGCCAAGAUAUGUACACCUUGUAGGCCUGAGCCAAUCGCCAACCACUGUCCUCUUUGCCACGAAAACAUCCCGCCGUGGGAGGAGGGAUGGAGAACACACCUCAUGCCGGGGCCCGAAUCCUGCCCUGCGAAUCCCAGGACGAAGCCUCAAGCACCAAAGAAAGCAGCCACCUUGGAGAAGAGCCUCUCUGUGACAUCGGCGCCCUCUGAAACUUCAACUGGAGGAGGUGGAGGAGGUGGAGGAGGAGGAGGCGGAGGAACGGGCGGCGCCCCUGCAGUUGUCAGCGUCGUGUCAGGGUCAGCGGCGGUCAAAAGUAGGAUUCCAUCCAGUUCAACGCCAGGAACCCCGAGAAGGAACACUUUGAAUAGAAGACGAUAAACACAGUGUCUGGAAUUAAGAUGGAAGGAUUCUGUACAUAGGUUUAAUUUCCAGCAGGAAAGGUCUUUGGAUUUGAAGCUGGUGUAGGAAAGGAGGAUUUUUUGUAAAUGGAGAGAGAUGCCUGAGGGAACGGCGUGUGGAAUGCAUGUCAGUGUAGAAGGAAAAAGAAAUUUUGUAACAGAAAAUUCUUCGGAAAUUAUUUUAGUGAGUGAACGGUGGAAUUUUAUAUAUGGGCCUAAGGCCUAACCAAUAAGGAUUCUACAAGAAAGAAAUCUGGAUUUUGUCUGUGAAGGAAUCUUCUGGGCUGAGUGUAACAGGUGGUGAAUGAUGGUGCGAUCAUGAGCACCUUAAAUUACCGUAUACUGAAGCACUAAAACUGUAAACACAAGCUAUAUAUACUACUCCAUACAUGCAUGCAUACGAUUAUGCGUCAACUUCAACACCAAUAACAUAUAAACAAAUGUAUUUUAUAUGCACACUUACAUAUAGAAAUGUGUAUGCAAUGAUGAUAUGCGUGUUUAUAUAUGUUUUUGUGCGGAUGUAACGUAUAUUUGACAUACAGUUACGCACACACUCACAAAUACACAUUACAUAUAUAUAUAU